AAGGAAUUCUUGAGAGGUUCCUUGAGAGGCUCUGGAGCUGUGGACCCCCUUGGAUCCUAACCGGAAACAGCUUGUAAUGGAUCCUUUACCUCUUGAGUUGCCAGUGGACACAGUGCAACGCAUCGCGGCUGAACUGAGAUGUCACCCAACCGAUGAGAGGGUCGCUCUUCACCUAGAUGAGGAAGAUAAGCUGAAGCACUUCAGGGAGUAUUUUUAUAUUCCCAAAAUGCAGGAUCUACCUCCAGUUGAUUUAUCUUUAGUGAAUAAAAAUGAAAAUGCCAUCUAUUUCUUGGGAAAUUCUCUUGGCCUUCAACCAAAAAUGGUUAAACAAUAUAUCGAAGAAGAACUAGAUAAGUGGGCCAAAAUGAGCAAAAGCAUGCUACAGUUGCAUCUUUAUAGGGAUUCUUCUAGGAAAUAUGACAGCUUAGGAGCUAGUGAGAAAGAAGUAGUCUUAAUGAAUUCUUUGACUGUUAAUUUACAUCUCCUACUGUUAUCAUUUUUUAAGCCUACACCAAAACGGUAUAAAAUUCUGCUAGAAGCCAAAGCUUUCCCUUCUGAUCAUUACGCUAUUGAGUCACAGCUUCAACUUCAUGGACUUGACGUUGAGAAAAGUAUGCUUAUUAUAAAGACAAGAGAGGGGGAAGAAAUCUUAAGAACAGAGGAUAUCCUGGAGGUCAUUGAGAAGGAAGGAGACUCGAUUGCAGUGAUCCUGUUCAGUGGGGUGCAUUUUUACACUGGACAGCUCUUCAAUAUGCCCGCCAUCACUAAAGCCGGGCAAGCAAAGGGUUGUUUUGUUGGCUUUGACCUAGCACAUGCCAUUGGAAAUGUUGAACUCCACUUACAUGACUGGGGAGUUGAUUUUGCCUGUUGGUGUUCCUACAAGUAUUUAAAUGCAGGAGCAGGAGGUCUUGCUGGUGCCUUUGUCCAUGAAAAGCAUACCCAUACAGUUAAACCUGCGUUAGUGGGAUGGUUUGGCCAUGAACUCAGCACCAGAUUUAAAAUGGAUAAUAAACUGCAGUUAAUCCCUGGGGCCAGUGGAUUCCGAAUUUCAAAUCCUCCCAUUUUGUUGGUCUGUUCCUUACAUGCUAGUUUAGAGAUCUUUAGGCAAGCAACUAUGAAAGCAUUGAGGAGAAAAUCUGUUUUGCUGACUGGUUAUCUGGAAUACAUGAUCAAGCAUUACUACAGCAAAGAUAAAGCAGAAACCAAGAAACCAAUUGUGAACAUAAUUACUCCAUCCCGUAUAGAGGAUCGGGGCUGCCAGCUAACACUAACAUUUUCUGUUCCAAACAAAGAUGUUUUCCAAGAACUAGAAAAAAGAGGAGUGGUUUGUGACAAGCGGGAUCCAAAUGGAAUUCGAGUGGCUCCAGUUCCUCUCUACAAUUCCUUCCAUGAUGUUUAUAAAUUUAUCAGUCUGCUAACUUCUGUAGUGGACCCUGAAUAAAACAAAAAAUUAGCAGUGUUUUUCUUAGAACAACUUAAGCAAA